GUUCAAGCCUCUUGCUCCUCAUGUCUUCCCUCAACGCCGAUCGAAUCAAACUUGCUGUCCCCAUCUCCCACUUGAAUGCAACCCACACGGCUGAGAAAUGGAAACGACCUAAGGGAUGGAAACGAUUUAAGGGAUGGAAACGACGUCAAGCAACCCAACGUCCGCCUUGCACAGACUGCAGUUGUCGCCCGAGCAGGAGUGCGAGGUCGCGGAUUGGGUGACCAAAGAAAUUUCCGGCGGCACCGUGGUCCGAAAAGAGCUGAUCUCGUGGUUUGCCCAGCGCGUCAUCCAACGCGACGGCUGCUGCGACGCGCUUCCCGCGGAUUUUGUUGACGUCUUCCUCGGCCGCCACCCUGACCUGGCGAAGAGCCUGGUCGUGCCCCCCCGGCCCGUUCCGGAGAGCUCCGCAAAGCGGUCCAAAGCCGGGCGGCUGGGUGCCCUCGAGCGCAUGAAAGAGAUGCAGCGGCAGGAGCGCACCCGCGCGCUGUUUGGGAAUUCUCCUCCCCCUCCGCGGCAGCCGGCUCCCUACCCCGAAGGUGAGAUCCUGUAUCAUUGCGACAGCCGCUAUGUGGUCCGUCAUGGCGAGACCGUCACCAAGUACACGACGUACGAUCACGGCAUGGGCGCCAAUGAACACCCUAACGAGGCCCUGGCCCUGCGCUUUGUCAAGGCCAAUACCACGAUUCCCGUGCCCGAGGUGAUCAGCAGCGACUGGGACCGCCUUACCAUGGAGUACAUCGAAGGACAAACACUGCAGCAGGCAUGGCCCGUCCUGUCGGCCGAGCAACGAUCAAGCAUCCUGGAGGAGCUCCGCGGCUACAUCGCGCAACUGCGGGGCCUCAGCGGCGGGCCCAUCGGCCGGCUUGACGGCCAGGGAGCUGUUCUCCCAACCAUCAUGCCGCGCUCGGGUGGCCCUUUCAACACGGUCGCCGAACUCCAUCACUGGCUUGUGCGGCCGCAUAGGCGGUUAGAGUCUCAGUCCAUGUACUUCCACCAAAUCACAGCCCAGCUCGGUGCGGACUACCCGGUCGUCUUCACGCAUGGUGACCUUGCUGCACGCAACAUACUCGUGCGAGACGGGCGGAUCGUCGCCAUCCUGGACUGGGAGUUCUCCGGAUGGUACCCGGAGUAUUGGGAUUACGUGUUUGCGCUUCGCGGGAUGGACAAGAUCGAUUGGGACACACUGGGCAGCCAGGUCCCUUCGCUCUUUGCUAAGCGCUACGAUCUCGAAUACAUCCUUGUACAAUUCAUCCUCACCCUUUGACCGGCGCGGAAUCGAGCAAGGGAAGAAAGAAUC